AUGACGGGCGUCCGCCGUUCGCAGAGAUGCCAGAACUGCAGAGCAAGGAAGAUCAAGUGUGACCAAAAUUGGCCGAGAUGCGGGCAUUGCAAGCGCACGAACCGAAGCUGCUCUGGACCCUCGCCAUUGACAAAGUUUGUCGGCCAAAGCAAUGAUCACCGCUUCCAGUCCAACAUCAACUGCAAAUCCCAAACUGCUCCCAUCCCCCCAGGAGAGGCCGCCGUCCUCGUCAAUCAUCAUCCGCUAAGGCCAUUCAAUGACGGGUCCGCCUCCUACGGCGUCUUCCGUCUGGAGGCGCCCUGUCUCGAGAUACCUCGCGCCAGACUCACCACUUCCGCUGACCGGGUGUCUGCCAGGCUUGCGGGUCUCCUAGAACGAGGCUCUGAAGCUGGCGUACGCAUACAAAUGAGCUAUCUCCCAUUCUUGCCGCAGAGGCUAUCGCGCAGCGCUUGCUUGCGCGAUUGUACAGGCCUUUUCUGCUUCGCUUGGAAUGGAUAUCGGCGUCGGGAGCCAGUCUCGAAGCUUCUUUUAACGAGCCAUUACAACAAGGCGAUCCGAAGCUUGCAGCAUGCAAUAACUGGAGGGCAGACAUACGAUGUCGAGACGCUUUGUGCAAUAGCUCUUUUGGAACGUGCCAGCUCCUUAUUUGGCCAACCACAAAGCGCCUUGGCUCAUAGACAUGCAAUACGUCACGUCCUUCAAGCAAAACGAAGUCCGACCAUCGGAGAUGAACUUGAUAUCACUCUCACCUACGAAAAUCAAUGGCUCAAGGCACUACCAGCAGUUACCGGUCCGUCCGACAACGAUGUCCCUUUAGAUCCAGGUUGGCUUGAGGUUAUUGAGAAAUUUCAGAGCGAACCACCAGUCGCUGAAGAGUUUUCUUGCUUUUCUGGGGAAUUCUCUUCCAUCAAAGAAGCUGCGGGCAAGAUGAUGUCCUGGAUUGGGGAUAUCGGGCAGAUCUUGGGCAGCCCGGCCAAGAUGAAGGGACUCAAGGAGACCUUAGUCCAGGAUCUUUUCCAUCACGAGAAAGUCCUGGAAGCUGUCACCGUCAGAGUUUUGGACAGGGGUUUGGUCUUGGGUUCAAUAAUUGAGAUGCCUGACUUGACCUUUUUUGCAGGUCGCAAGUAUGACUUUGCGUCUGUUGCUUUGGCUCACUACUUUGCAGAAUUACUCGCCAUGCGAAGAGGCAUUUUGAGGAUAGCCAAUGACCUAAUUGCACUAUACGGGACUCCAGACGAGAGUAUUCUCGAAAGCUUUCGAGAGCUGUCCAUCCAACAAUGGAUGAUCUUUCCGUACCUCUCAGAGAUGAACGCGGUGUCGCACCACUUUCUUACACCGUGUAUGAAACCGUCUCUCGAGGUGGUCAGCAGCUUCGAAAAUGAAUUCCUAGUAGAUUUGUUAUCAUCUGCAAACAGACAUCAUACUUGGGUUGAGAGUUGA